UUAGCUGGACUCCAUCGUCAGAUUGCUACACGCAUUCGGUUGUCCCCCGGAAAAGAUGUCCACGUGACUAAGAGCCGCCCACUGUCGGUGAGUCUUCGAUGGAGGGGAAGGGGCAAGAACUGAAAAACUUGCAUUGGUAAGGGCAGAAAUCUUGAAGUGACAAUUCUUUUCAAUUUUUGGCUUCUGGCGGAGGAGCAUCACCCUCGCCCUUGCCCUCUCCCUCGCCCUUGCCCUCUCCCUCGCCCCUGCUUUCAUGGUGGUGGUGAGCUUCUCUUUUCAUUUCCCCCCCUACGUUUGUUGCUGUAAUUGGGUCAUUUCCACAGACGCUGAAGAGCCAACUCCUGUCUAAUUCUCUACGUUUGAGGAACGUGUCAGUUGUUUAUAGCUGCUGCGAAGGAUGACCCUUUAUUCAUGACAACUGUUCUAGAAGUCAUCAUUUGCUGCAAGCUGCUUCAAUAAAUUAGACAGUGUGGGAAGGAUGACCCUUUAUUCAUGACAACUAUUCUGGAAGUCAUCAUUUGCUGCAAGCCGCUUCAAUAAAUUACACAGUGGAACAGAUGGGGGCUUUCUUUUCUGAAAUUAACUCAAGAUCAAACUGAUGGUUGCUAUCUGCUUAUGGAAAGAGAGCUUAAGAAAGAAUGUCACAUUGUACACAUGUCUUGGGGUAAUGUUGCAUCCUCAUCAACUUAUGAUGAUGAUGACUCUGACAACUCAGAUGGAUUCCAUUCUGAUGAUGAGCUUUCAACAAGGACACAAACACCCUUCACAUCUAAUUCUGUUAAUUCUUCUGUAGCUGGAGCUGGUGGUAGUUAUGCUCGUAGUCCCCGUAGAAGCCUUCUAAAUUCUGGUUUCUGGAUUUUGUUUCAGCUUGUUCUCAACAUGGGCCAAAUCAUUGCAGCUAUAACUGUUCUCUCUUUAUCGGGACAUGAGCAUCCACAAUCUCCAUUAUUUGCAUGGCUGAUUGGAUAUGCUAUUGGUUGCUCUGCUACUCUCCCUCAUCUUUGUUGGCACUUUAUUUAUCAUAACAAUCAUUCUUCACAACAAGAAUCAGAACUUCACCAGCAGAACUCAUCUUCUAUCAACAUUCCUGAGUCUAUUUCAUACAUGACCAUGUCUUUUCCACAGGCUAUAGAAGAUCAUGGGCAGAGUUUUGCUGCUGUCUUUCAGUUUAGACAAAACUUGGCUGUUGUUGGCACAAGGUUUAAUACAUUUAUUGACCAUUUCAAGAUGGGUGUGGAUUGCUUCUUUGCUGUAUGGUUUGUUGUCGGUAACGUGUGGAUUUUUAGUGAGAACUCCUCUGAAUACAGUGCUCCCAAUUUGUACAGGUUAUGUAUAGUAUUCCUUGCACUUAGCUGUAUUGGCUAUGCUAUCCCAUUUGUCCGGUUCACGACUCUCUGCUGUGUUUUUCCAUGUAUAAUAUCUGUUUUGGGCAUUAGAGAUGAUUGGUAUCCAACAAGGGGGGCAACAUCUGAUGUCAUUAAUUCACUUCCAACCUUCAAGUUCAAGUCAAAGAGAAGAACAGAUACUCGCAAUCCAGAAUAUCUAUGUCAGGGUGGGAUUUUGAGUCCUGCUGCUGAUGAGCGGAUAACUUCUACAGAUGAUCAGGAUUGUUGCAUUUGCUUGGCGAAGUACACGAGCAAUGACGAGCUUCGGGAACUCCCUUGUUCUCACUUCUUUCACAAGGAAUGUGUAGAUAAAUGGCUGAAGAUCAAUGCCCUCUGUCCUCUUUGCAAAUCAGAGGUUGGUGACACUUCGAGCUCACUUUUAGCUUGUAUACGUCGUCUCUGCAGCUUCAGGAGACUUGCAAGUGGUGUAAGCUCUGCAAGAGUAGCAGUGUAGGCAAGAAAUCCUUCUAAUGCAGCAGCUUCAAGCUAUUGGUUUUAGUGGAACUAUUCUUGGUAUUGAUACAUGUACAUAUGAUCCUACGAGCUGGCUGCUUUUUUUUUAACUUCUCUUGCUGUCUUGUUGCUUCAAUGUUAUUGAUUAAGUGAUGCCUUUUGAGUCAA